GUUUUCAAACUGGGAGCGGAUGACAAAACACCAUUACUAAUCUUAGGAGUGGCUUUGCAACCAGGCAGUGACAAAAAUCAUUUCUGUCAACCAACUGAUGUGGCCGUGGAUCCAAUCACUGGCAACAUUUAUGUCUCUGAUGGCUACUGUAACAGUCGGAUUAUUCAGUUCUCUCCAAAUGGACUGUAUGUGAUGCAGUGGGGAGAAGAGACUUCUCUAGGCAGAGCCAGACCUGGACAAUUUCAUAUCCCUCACAGCUUAGCUCUGAUCCCUGACUUCAAUCAGCUCUGUGUUGCAGACAGGGAAAAUGGUCGAAUUCAGUGCUUCAAAUUAGAGACUGGGGAGUUCACCAGAGAGAUCAAACACAAAUCGUUUGGGAGAGAGUUGUUUGCAGUUUCAUAUGUUCCAGGUGGUCUCCUCGUCGCAGUUAAUGGGAUGCCAUAUCCUGGAGAGGCAGAACCAGUGCAAGGAUUUGUGAUGAACUUCACAACUGGAGAAAUAAUUGAUACUUUCAUUCCACUUAGAAAGAGUUUUGAGAUGCCACAUGAUGUUGUUGCUUCAGAAGAUAGAACGGUAUUUGUUGGAGACGUUCAUGCCAGAGCAGUGUGGAAAUUUGCACCCACAGAAAAAAUGGAACAUCGGUCAGUUAAAAAGGCUGGUAUUGAGGUACAGGAAAUAAAAGAAUCAGAAACAAUUGUAGAAGCCAGAUUGAAAAACAAGCCAGAAUCAACAGACCCUCUAAAGAAUACGGAUAAACAGCACUUGGUCCAACAGGCCAGCAACACUGGAGUUUCCUUUGUUCUAAUUACAACUCUCCUAAUUAUCCCUAUUGUUGUCCUCAUGGCAAUUUUAGUAUUUAUUCGGUGGAGGAAGACAACUGUCUAUGGAGCUGAUGGGGAGCACAAGCUUGAUUCAAGUUCAGGCAGAAUUCUAGGCAGACUUAGAGGGAAAGGUGGUGGUGGCAUUAACCUUGGGAACUUCUUUGCAAGUCACAAAGGCUACAGCCGAAAAGGGUUUGACCGACUGAGCACUGAAGGAAGUGAUCAAGAAAAAGAUGAAGAUGAUGGUACAGAUUCUGAGGAAGAGUGUUCAGCAUCUCCACCCCCACCAGCACCUUCAUCAUCCUGAAAUCAGCCUUUGAGUUCUCCAUUAUACGAUUCAACCCAGAAUGUCAGAUUCCUUUUCCCUUAAGCACGUUUAAGAUUUCGUGUAUUUAAUUGUAAACUGUCCUAGUCUGUGUGGGGCUCUACACUGGUUCCUUUAAUUUUUGUUUGGCUUUAGUUAUGUUUUUCAGGUGGAGGAGUGUGUGGAAGUUCCAUAUCAGUGCCGUUGUUUUUAAUGCAAACAUCCUAAUAAAGCAAAGUCUGCUAAUUGCAGGACUGAUUUAAAGCAGUAGUAUUUCAUCAUCGAAUAUGGGGAUCUUGUAAAUAAGUCUUACUAUCUGCUUCAUCAAAAUAUUUUUCCCAUCAUUAUUCAGUUGCCAAUUUCUGUUUUGUGCCUUUCCUCUUCAAUGUCCUUAACCUGUUGCAGUACAGAGAAAAUACAGUGCCACAAGAAAAUGAAGCUGCUAAGUCUUCUUCUAUUUUUUUAAAAUCACUAACAUUAUAUUGCAUUGAAGGAAAGAAAAAAGGUCUCUAUUUAAUUUUUUCUUCUUCCUAACUUGGUGUGUUUCUGGAAUGUCUUAUUUUUAGAUGGUAUCACUGUUAGAACACUAUUUUCAGAAGCUGAAUGUAAUUUGUGUAAUAAAGUAUUCGCAGAGCA